AUGUCGAUCUACGAUCCACUGGGACUUCUCAGCGUGUACACCAUUCGCGCCAAGAUCAUCCUUCAGAACUUAUGGCGCUUAAAGAUGUCGUGGGACGAACGGGUGCCAGAGGAAGACGGCAAGCUGUUCGCGACGUGGUUGUCGCAACUGUCGGCGAUCGGCCAGUUGCGCAUUCCCCGACAUUAUGGACCGACGAGCCACGAGCGACGCAUCGAGCUCCACGUUAUGUGCGACGCCAGCGAGCAGGCCUACGCAGCGGUGGCGUAUUGGCGGAUGGUCGGCCAAGAGAACGUUACACUCUCUUUGGUGGCCGCCAAGGCGAAGGUGGCACCGCGACGGACGCAAACGAUACCCCGCCUCGAGCUGCAAGCGGCGGUAAUCGGGGCGCGCCUCGCUGACGCAGUGAAGAAGGAGCAUCGCAUCGUGGCGGAGAGAACUAUAUAUUGGACUGACUCCACAACAGUCAUCCACUGGAUCCGGAACGACGAGCGACGGUACACACCCUUCGUCGCGCAUCGUCUGCGGGAGAUCGCCGAGCUCACCGACAAAAGUGAGUGGCGAUGGCUACCCACGACGCACAACGUCGCCGAUGAAGCCACUCGACUUCGGAGCGACGCCGUGAGUGAAGACAGCCGGUGGUUCCGGGGACCUGAUUUCCUCCUCGAGCCCGAACAAUCAUGGCCCACGAGAGACGGAAGUCAGGACGACGAAGCAGAGGUCCUGCACGUCACAGAGAGCCCGGAAAAGGAACGCUGGCUGCCCGACCCGACCCGCUUCUCCAAGUAUGAAACAUUGGUGCGAGCCACGGCGAGAGUCUUGGCGUUCGCGGACAUCGCGCGACGCAAGACACCACACCUGGAAGUGGGACACCUGAAGCGGGCGGAGAUGUUAUUAAUGCAACAGGCGCAAAGGGAGAGCUUCGGGGAAGAGCUGCAACGAUUGAAGUCUUCCCAGCCGGUACAAAGGACGAGUCGGCUAUUCAAGCUGGACCCGGUGUUAGAAGAUGGCGUGCUGCGAGUCCGGGGACGCAUCGGAGCAGCCACAGUCCCGGAUGACGCCAAACGACCGGUCAUCUUGGACGGCCGACACCCCGUCACGAAGCUCAUCGUGCUGCAAGAACACUGUGCCGCAGGUCACGCAAAUAGGGAGCGCGUGACCAACGACCUGCGGCAAAAAUAUUGGAUAAUACACCUGAGGCCCACCGUGCGCACCGUGGAACGAGACUGCGCACUGUGUAAGGUGCGACGCACGAAGCCGCAGCCACCGGCCACGGAGAUCUACCCCGUGCCCGCUUGGACCCGUAUCAUCGGCCCUUCUCCAACUGCGGAGUGGACUACUUCGGGCCGAUGA